CGCGUGUGGCGGCGGCCGCGGGGCGCCCGGCUCCUCCCAGCCUGUGCGCUGGAGCGCCGGUGUCCGCGCUGAGCUGUGCGGCGCGGGCCGUGCGAGCUGCCGCCUGCGCCCCGAGCGGAGCGCGGCCAUGCCCGGGCCCUAGCGCGCUGCCGCAGCCUCUUCAAUGGGCAACCUGCUCGGCGGGGUCAGCUUCCGCGAGCCCACCACCGUGGAGGACUGCGACUCCACCUGGCAGACCGAUUCGGAGCCCGAGCCCGAGCAGCCGGGGCCAGCAGGCGGUGGCGAGGGCCAGGAGCACGACGAACCGGAGCAGCCCGAGCAGCCUCCCGAGAGAGCCGGAGGGCGGCCCCGCGCCAGCCCGGUGCCCGAGGACCACGCCGAGGCGGCGGGCGCAGAGCAGGGUGGUGAUCCCACAGAAGCAACUGCUAAACCAAAGAGGAGCUUCCAUGCUGCGAGGGAUCUGUACAAAUACCGACAUCAGUACCCACAGAACUUCAAAGAUAUCCGAUAUCAAAAUGACUUGAGCAACCUUCGCUUUUAUAAGAAUAAAAUUCCGUUUAAGCCAGAUGGUGUUUACAUUGAAGAGGUUCUAAAUAAAUGGAAAGGAGACUAUGAGAAGCUGGAGCACAACCAUACUUACAUUCAAUGGCUUUUUCCUCUGAGAGAACAAGGCUUGAACUUUUAUGCUAAAGAAUUAACUACAUAUGAAAUUGAGGAAUUCAAGAAAACAAAAGAAGCAAUCAGAAGAUUCCUCUUGGCCUAUAAGAUGAUGCUAGAAUUUUUUGGAAUAAAGUUGAUUGAUAAAACUGGUAAUGUUGCUCGGGCUGUAAAUUGGCAAGAAAGAUUUCAACAUCUGAAUGAGUCCCAGCACAACUAUUUAAGAAUCACACGAAUUCUGAAAAGCCUUGGUGAGCUUGGGUACGAGAGUUUUAAGUCUCCUCUUGUGAAAUUCAUUCUCCACGAGGCUCUAGUGGAAAACACUAUUCCCAAUAUUAGGCAGAGCGCUCUGGAGUAUUUUGUGUAUACAAUUAGAGACAGAAGAGAGAGAAGAAAGCUCCUGCGAUUCGCCCAGAAACAUUACACACCAUCAGAGAAUUUCAUCUGGGGGCCGCCUAGAAAAGAGCAGCCAGAGCGAAGCAGAGCUCAGAAAACUCCUCUGCCAACUUCGGGAUCGAAUAGUCAAACUUCUGUGCACAAGAAAUCCAAGGACUCCAAAAAUUCCUCAGCAGCUAUCCACCCAAAUAGUAAAACUGUGGAAGAAAAAAAGGGGGCCUCUCGAGAGACUGGAGAGGAGACAGACAAGCCGGGUCCAGAGCCCCACAGUGAAGAUACCAAGCCAAGAAACACAGAGAAAGACAGUGCUAUUGAAGAAUCGAAUUCCCCACCCGAGGAGAAAACAGUUCCUGAGACCACAGGGAAAGGGGAGUGUCCAACUUCUGAAAACAUCAGAGAUGGGGAAACCCAGAGCAAAGACUCGGAAAAUUCUGAAAACACCAGUUGCCACGAUGAGGUAGUGUCACAGUGAAUUGUCACAAACCAGUUCCCGUAACGGGAAUAAAGAGGUAGUCUAAUUUAUCCUGAAGAACAGAGAUGAGGUCAUGCUUAAGAUGGUAGCCACCUGUGGCUUUUGUUGUAAGCCCCUGGUUCUUGCUUUUGGAUCACAAUGAAACUGGAUAUUGAGUAAGGAAAUUUUUAAAGCGGAUCCAAUUAAAGAAUAUAUUUAGGGUGUGUUUCCAAAUUCUGUAUAUAACAGUCACUUUAAGAAUAUUUUCAAGUUAUCUAGAACUCAUGGAGUAGCGUUUGGCAUCCAACGCUCUCUUGAGAGAGUCAUGCAGAAAUACGAGCCUCUCGUGAUGCCCUGACUUUUACUCAUUUUGGAGCUGGAAGGGUGAGUUAGGUGUUCUCAAAUGUAGCCAGAAAGUAAUCUGGACUCAGCUAGCAGCACCUCAGUGUCCUCGGCUUUGGCUCUGGAGUGGCUGUCCUUCCCACUUGCCGGCCGUCUGUCUUGCUUCCAUUCCGGAUCCCACAUCGAGUUUGCUAGUAUGGUAGGACCCUCUCCUAUUCUGACGUCCAGGUGGAAGAGGGGCGAAGUUUUAAUAGCCUGAUUUCAAGAUUUUUUUUAAUGUUUAGAAUAAUAAAGGUAUUUUCAGUAAUAA